AUGCCCAAACAGUUAACCUACCCUCAAUUGGGCAAGUUGUACUGUGGAGAAUCGGGACUUGGCCAUUCAGAGUGGGUUGGAGAAAUAGCCAACUUUAUAUCAUCUCUGAGCACGAGGUUGAAACAAGAUGGCGAGCCUUCCCUGGACCUUCUGAACUACAUCCAUCUGAGAGUUAACACCCUCUGUUGGACUGAACUCAUACUCCUUCUGAACUGGUAG